GGGAGAGCGGAUAUAGUGAAUGCGGGGUCCGGGGAGAGCGGAUAUAGUGAAUGCGGGGUCCGGGGAGAGCGGAUAUAGUGAAUGCGGGGUCCGGGGAGAGCGGAUAUAGUGAAUGCGGGGUCCGGGGAGAGCGGAUAUAGUGAAUGCGGGGUCCGGGGAGAGCGGAUAUAGUGAAUGCGGGGUCCAGGGAGAGCGGAUAUAGUGAAUGCGGGGAGAGCGGAUAUAGUGAAUGCGGGGUCCAGGGAGAGCGGAUAUAGUGAAUGCGGGGUCCGGGGGAGAGCAGAUAUAGUGAAUGCGGGGUCCGGGGAGAGCGGAUAUAGUGAAUGCGGGGUCCGGGGAGAGCGGAUAUAGUGAAUGCGGGGUCCGGGGAGAGCGGAGAUAGUGAAUGCGGGGUCCGGGGAGAGCGGAUAUAGUGAAUGCGGGGUCCAGGGAGAGCGGAUAU